AGUACCUGAAUGAAGAUACAAUCUCGAAAUAGAGGAGUUGGCAUCGCUACUCUCCGCCAAAAGACUCCAAAUUUCAGUACUACAGUGGAAGACCGCUGACUUCCAACUAUAAAAGAUUUAUUUUGGAAUUCUUCAAAACUUAUGGAUCAUAUUGAGUUGGAAAUCGGGAGACUCGUUGAAUCAGAGGGAAAAAGUGAGGAAGAAAUGGCUAAUCUGCGACUAGGGAACUUGGCAAGGAAAAUAUGGAGAGAAAAAUUUAUUAGGCAAUAUACUAAACUUGGACUUAAUAUAGAAGUGAUCAACCCAGUUCUUAUAAACAAAUUCGGAUUACUGGAGGACAAUAUCGGGAGACAUCCUAAUAUUGUUAAUUACCUAGGGUGGUACCAAUAUGAAGAGUAUGGUGACAAUGACGUAAAAGUUUUGGAUGGAUACAUGAGUUUGCCUAAAAAAUUGAUUAAAGAUAUCCCGAAAAGUGCAAUCAAGUUAAAUAGCAAAGUUCAAAGUAUACAGUGGAAUGAGAAAAAUGAAAGUAGAGUCGCCAUAACAUAUUUGAAUCAAUUCAAAAAGACUGAAGUAUCUCACGCUGAUAUCGUGCUUGUCACGGUUUCGAUCGGAUGUCUCAAAAAAUAUCACAAAACUCUCUUUGAUCCAAAUUUGCCAGUGGAGAAACAAGCUGCAAUAAAGAAGAUUGGUUUUGGCGCAAUCAACAAAAUGAUGCUUUUUUACAAAAUUCCAUUUUGGGGUCCAAAAUUUUCUGAAACGUAUUUUUUGUGGGAUUCGUAUGAUGAAUCAAAUAAUACAAUGCUUGAAGACGAGUUUGCUGUUAAAACCCAUUGGUGUCGUGGCAUAUAUAAAGUCACAAGCUACAAAACAAAUUUUCUUAUGUUUUGGAUCAAUAAAAUAACCUCAAAUCGGAUCCGUAAAACACCUGAAAGUGAACUCAAACUGACUGUUACAAAUUUGUUACGACGAUUUCUGAACAAUCCAAAAUUACCAGGUCCUGAUGAUAUCAUAAUCACCGAAUGGCAACGGGAUGAAAAUUUUCUUGGCACUUACAGCUCCCCGGCAAUUGGACAAAUGUCAAGCCAUCAAAAAAAAGUACGAAAACCUUUAUACGUUGACGAAAUGCCAAGAGUAUUUUUUGCGGGAGAAGCGCUAAGUAUAUCGAGGUACGGGACGGUGGAUGGAGCAUUCUCGACAGGAAAAAGUGAGGGAGAAAGAAUCUUGAAGUUGAUGCAUGAAUAGAAGCCGUAACUAAAACUGGCCAAUAUACUUUGGGAUUGUUUAAUUUUCUGUUUGUUAUCAGUAUGAUCCGAUAUGUUUAUUAUUUGAUUAUUAACAUGUUUGAAACAAUUUCCUCGGGUUUUGAAUCAU